CGUUGCGAUGCAAAGCUCUCCAGUCAUGAUACUUUUCUUAGUCGCCCAUCUCAUUGCUCCCAAGUGUGGUCGCAACCCAGAGCGUCGCUUUGCGCAUUGAUCGGCAAUGGAGUGAUCAACCUGCAUAGACCUGGCAGGACAUGACUUGAACACGCGCAGGAAAACCUAGUAAGUACUUAGGCAACCUUUAUUGUCAAUAGGUUCCCAGGCGACACCGUGAGGAAGAGAGCAGGGAAGAAUCCUUACCGUAGCCGGACUUCAGCCGCAGCCUUAUUACAUUAGGCGGAUGCAACUGUACGUUACGGGCGAAUAAGAAAUACCCCUCACUAUUAACGACGAGAUGGUGCUGGCACCAACUUACGAGAGGAAGUGCAAUAUAGGCUCUCGCUGGCGCCUUCCCCACCUUUGUAGCUUCCACGGUCCAUCGCGAUGUCAUAUCCCAAACAACCAGGCAGGUCUAGCAAGCAACUAGGAAACAUUUAUACGAACGAAAACGCAAUAGUCCACGUUGGGGAUAUACACCAUAUCGGCCGAGAGGAUCCCCUCGACCUCCUCCCAUUUGCAACAAAUGCACCGUUUAACUCCUACGACGGCCAACACGAACCCACCUGCCUUCCCGACACUCGCGUUGACCUUCUACAACAAAUAUAUGAUUGGGCGGAUAGACAAGAUGAGCGAUGUAUCUUCUGGCUAAAUGGCUUAGCUGGCACAGGAAAAUCAACAGUUGCGCGCACUGUCGCCCGCAGAUUUUAUGAGCAGAAGUGCCUUGGAGCCAGCUUCUUCUUCUCAAUAGGUGGUGGAGAUGUGAGCCAUGCUGGCAAGUUCUUUACCAGUCUUGCUGUGCAGCUCGCGUAUGCUGUACCAUCUCUUCGAGAACAUAUCUCCGAUGCUGUUUCUAAGUGCAAAGAUAUUGCGAACCAGUCCCUCCACGACCAGUGGCGCCAACUUGUCCUCCACCCAUUAUCAAAGCUGGACGACAACAGUCGCCAAUGCUCAUAUAUCUUGAUAGUUGAUGCGCUUGAUGAGUGUAAGGACGAUAAUAAUAUACGGAUUAUUCUGCAGCUCUUAGGUGAGGCUCGGUUGUUAAAGACAGUACGGCUUCGGGUCUUUUUAACAAGCAGACCUGAAAUUCCUAUCCGAUACGGUAUGCACUAUAUCCCGCAGGCUGAACAUCAGGACUUUGUUCUUCAUAGUUUAUCUCCAUCGACUGUCGAUCAUGAUAUUUCAAUAUUCUUAGAAUAUAAUCUUGCAGUGAUCAGGCGGGAAUGGGACCUUGGGCCUGGCUGGCCUGGUAAUAAGGUUCUCGAACAGCUAGUUCUAAAUGCUAGUGGCCUCUUCAUUUGGGCGGCAACAGUAUGUCGAUUCAUUAGUGAAGGAAAACAAUUUGCAGCCAAGAGAUUGGAUGCUGUCCUUAAAGGCAGUAGCGACGCUGUUACUGCACCAGAAAAGCACCUUAACAAGAUAUACGCUACAGUCCUUGGGCACGCUAUUACAACUGAAGGCGCAGCAGAGAGGGAAGAGCUUGUUCACAUGCUGAGACACAUUCUUGGAAGUAUAGUGGUCUUGUUCUCACCACUUUCUGCCUACUCUUUAAGCAGGCUUCUCCAGGUUAAUAUACGGCAUGUUACCCGGGCACUGGAGGGUCUUCAUGCUAUCUUAGAUGUCCCAGAGGAUCAAACGCACCCGCUCCGUCUCCAUCAUCCUUCAUUUCGCGACUUCCUCCUUAAUAAAGAUCGAUGUGGCGAUUUCUGGGUAGAUGAAAGGCAGUCACAUCAGAUAUUAGCCGAUUAUUGUAUCCGUCUCAUGGCUAUAUCUCUUAAGAAAGAUGUUUCCAGUCAAGUAGUCCCUGGCACAUAUGUGGCUAACGUGGAGAUUAGUCAAGUAGAGCAAUUUCUUCCUCCAGAGGAGAAUUACGCAUGUCUGUACUGGAUCGGGCAUCUUCAGAGGAGUAAUACUCAGUUUUACGACAAUGACCAAGUCCACAUGUUCCUCCAGCUACAUCUCCUUCACUGGCUUGAGGCACUUAGCUGGAUGGGAAAGACUUCAGAAGGGAUACUUGCAAUAUUAUCCUUAGAGGCACUUGUUCCGGCUGGACAAUGUCCCAAUCUAUACGCGUUUGUCCAUGAUGCAAAGCGAUUUGCCCUGUACAACCGGUCAGUCUUCGAGCAGGCUCCCCUCGAGAUAUAUUCUAGUGCACUCUUAUCCGCACCAACAAGGAGCAUAGUGAGAAGACUGUUUAGGGACCAAGUACCCUACUGGAUUCAGACAUCGCCUAAAGUCCCAGAGGAUUGGAGUUCCCUGCUACAAACGCUAAAAGGUCAUUCGGAUAUUGUUAGCGCUGUUUCCUUCUCGCCAGACAGCAAGAUGCUAGCAUCGUCAUCAAGGGACAAGACUGCUCGGUUAUGGGAUGCAAUCACAGGCGCUCUUCUGCAGACGCUAGAGGGCCAUUCAAGCUUCGUUAAUGCUGUUACCUUUUCACCUGACAGUAGACAGUUGGCGUCAGCAUCAAGCGACAAGACUGUUUGUUUAUGGGACGUAGUUACAGGGGCAGUAUUACAUACUCUCAAGGGCCAUUCGAAUGAUGUAACUGCUGUUGCCUUUUCGCCUGACAGUAGACAGCUGGCGUCAGCAUCAACAGAUGAAACAGUCAAGCUUUGGGAUGCAGCUACAGGCGCUCCUCUGCAGACGUUAGAGGGCCAUUCAAGCUUCGUUAAUGCUGUUGCCUUUUCACCUGACAGUAGACAGUUGGCGUCAGCAUCAACAGAUAAAACAGUCAAGCUUUGGGAUGCAGCUACAGGCGCUCUUCUACAGACGUUAGAGGGCCAUUCAAGCUUCGUCAAUGCUGUUGCCUUUUCACCUGAUAGUAGACAGUUGGCGUCAGCAUCAGCGGAUAAAACAGUCAAGCUUUGGGACAUAACUGUAGGUACAGUUUCGCAGAUGCUGAAGGGCCAUUUGAACGACGUAACUGCUGUUGCCUUUUCGCCUGACGGUGGACAGCUGGCAUCAGCAUCGAAAGAUAAGACAAUAAAUUUAUGGGAUCCAUUGAUGAAAUCAGUGGCGCAGACACAAGAGGGAGCUUAUAAGUCCUCGUUUCUUCAAGCCCAGAGAUCAACUGACGAGAUAUCUUCAAACUUGGAGCGCGCCGACGCUAAGGAGAGUAUCGAGCCCCAGAUUAGAGUUCAUGGCACAUUUUCAGAUUCCGGAUUUGCCUCGAUGUCAUCUUUAGCCGCUCCUAGUAUAAGUAAUCGUGUUGGCCAAACCCCAAUUCAAGAUAAACACAAUAUUGACCAAUUGCCAACAACUCCUAGUGAUCAAGGGGACAACCAAAGCCCAGAGAAUGAGCAUAAACCAGGAGCUAGGACUACAGAAGCUGACAAUGAUGAUUUGCAAUCUGUCAUUUCUGAUAGGGACGAAAUCUCCUCGCAAAUUUCAACACAAAAAGCACAACAAGAGCUGCUUGCUGAAAAACACUUGGCUACUUUGUUAGGACAAAAUGAAGAUCUAAAGCCAUUUUAUGAAAUUGCUUUAGGGCAAAUGGAAAAGGAGCGCUUUGUUAACAAUUUUCGAAGAAUAUUAAAGCGGUAUUAUCUCGACCUUUUUCAGUCAGCAAAUACAAAUCUUGAGCGAGCGACAGUUCAAAUAUUAAGGAGCAGGUCCACGCGAGUCGGAAUAGCGCAAGGUGUUGUGGAUCGACUGACUCCCGAAAGUAAUGAGGCUUAUACUCAGCUUUUAGCUGAUACACAAGACAUCGAAGACAAGAUUUCCGAUUUAGAAAGUUGGAUAGCUAGCAAUCCUGGUUUAGUACCACCGCUAGAGCCUCAGGAUAGUGGAGAUGUAGUAGAAGGACAAGUGGACGACUUAGACAAUAUUGCCUCUGACAGUGAUCAGGAAGGAGAGGAACAAGUCGUUACAAGUUAUCCUUUACCAAAUGUCGCGGGGAUGGAGAGCUUUCUAUUCCAAGGCAACGCAUUUCGUUCACUUAUAACAAACACUUGCCUCUUUCUGCUCCCUGCGUCUCUCAUUUCUCUUUCUCGAGUUCUUAUGACGAUUCCUUAUAACAGGAUAUAUUUCUCCUCCGAAGACAAUCUCUCAAUCCUCAAUCGAGUUCAAGGAUUUGUAGAGGAUCACACAGAAGAAAAUUGGAAUUGGUGGCCACUGCAGCCACGAAUGCGGCCGUUAGGAAAAGAUCAAACGCGAGUAUAUUGGAAAUGCCACUGCGGCAGAACUCAGUGGGCAGAGAUUUCACUAUCUCAAGCAAACUCGUAUCGAUUAAUAUUACAAGAAAAUAGACCAGUCUUGCAGAACAAUCAUCUCUGCAGAAUCAAGCAGAAAAAUUCGUGGCGCGCUACUUUGGGGAAGAUGACCACUAAGACAGUUGGCACUGUCUCUACAAGAACCCAGCCGCUUACGACGCCAGGAAUUACUCAACCACUCACCCCGACCCCGCAAAGUAUACAGCUCAAACCAAGCAGCGGUAGGGUACGCCAGGCUACUAAUAUCCUCCACAAUCCUGCUGAACCUACUACAAUUAAUCGGAGUGAAGUUCGGGUUGGAAUUAGUGAACUAUCAGGAGGCCCAUAUGUUCUUUUUGGAGUCAAGGGUCCACGACGUACGUUGGAGCUAGAACAAAUAGAAGUCAAUGAAAAUUCCGACGACAAUACUUUUUUCCAAAGUCUGACGCAGGCUUAUAGAAAACACCGAGGUUUUUGGCGGUAUUGGUUCUCGAUCUGGCAACUUACUCACUGCGAUUUUGUAAAGUUUCUAAAGCUUAGAGCAAAUCGUAUAAUUUUUCAUAGCAAGAGUCUUCCAGACGAUAUAAUAUACGAAUAUCGACCUCGUCCGCCCACAGCCGAAAACCCGCCUAUCCUCCCACACGAAUUUGAGCUAGCUUUCUCAGCAUGCUCUUCUAAUUGCCUGCUCUCCACCUUGCACGAUUGUGUAGAUCCACCCAUUGGGAAGUUUGCGGUAGAGCGGAUUCCGAAACGGAAAAGCAUGAUCCACUUCUCUACUAAUAAUUUGGAAUUUGCGUGGGGUAUCCAAGCACAACACGCCAUCUCAGCCCUCAGGAUGGUAGUAUACCAUCUCCUUAUCUUCGCUAGCACAUUUGGAUUUUGGGCGUGGUGGUUGGUAUUCCAUCCAAAUGAUUUGCAGAAUGCGGCCGUGCCGCUCACCACAAUUGUCGUGUUGCUUUCACUGUUUUGGGGCGCAGCAGGUGUUUUGAAAUUUAGGAGGCAGGAUUAGGUGUGGAGUUGAGUAUAGCGAAACGUUCCUGUGCCCUAUAUUAGAGAGAGCACAGAGGUGAUGGCACAAUUCAAGAGGCUAGUAUUGGCACAUGUUAGGGGUUUGAAUCCUUGGGCAGAAGUUUACUUUUGAAGUUUCGCUGCUUAAGACGUUCUGGGCUAGCGAUGGGGAAGCGCAAGACCUGGAGACAUUAGGCAGACCUCAUGAUGGUCACGGCAGCUCUUCAAAGUCCAUCCCCUUGAUCACCGACUUUGGCUGAUCUACGGACCGCAUGUAUGAAAUUGUGUCCGUAUCUACAUAGCCGGAAUUGUCUCCGAGGUUCUGGAUGAAGAGCUAGUAAUCAAAUGAUAUUGAGGACGGGUUGACUGGUCAAUAUUUCGACCAUCCUGGCUUAGAUAGGCAUCGUGGACAUUCACAUGGAUGGGUUCUGGAUCAUUAUCGAGGAAAAUAAGAACUUCGAACCUAGCCCACGCAACAGGAGGACCAGCUUGGGCUCUUAUACUCGGUGCAAGAGUUGAGACUGUUGGCGGGAGCUCGUGGAUUGGCGGAGGGCGAGUUGGAUGGGAGGCGUAAGGAACUUUCGCCUCUUUAGUGCCUUUAAGAUUAAGUUAGUCUGUAACGCUGCUUCCUAAAACGAUAGGAUACACAGAGGUUUCUUGCGUAAGGGUUGACUUAUCAGAGGAAGCAGGGGAUCAGACACAAAGGCUUCAAGUAACGCG